AUGCAGUACAUCACUGACCUGAAGCACUCGUCCAGCAUGGCCUCCUCCUCGUCGUCAGCUGCAGCAGCUGAGGCUUAUCAGCAGGGCAGCAUCAGGAUGACCCUGGAGAACUCUGACCUCUGGAGCUCCUUCCAUAACCUGGGGACAGAGAUGAUCAUCACCAAGGCCGGCAGGAGAAUGUUUCCUCACUGCAACAUCAGUGUGUCAGGGCUGUCUCCCUACGCUCACUACGUCAUCAUGGUGGACAUGGUCCCAGUAGACAGCUACAGGUAUAAGUGGAAUAAGGAGCAAUGGGAGGUGGCGGGUAAGGCAGAGCCUCAGCCUCCGUGUCGGACGUACGUGCACCCGGACUCCCCUGCGCCAGGAAGCCACUGGAUGAAGCAGUCCAUCUCCCUGCUCAAACUCAAGCUCACCAACAACACCCUGGACCCCCACGGCCAUAUUAUUUUGCACUCCAUGCAUCGGUACCAGCCGCGCUUCCACGUGGUCCAGGCAGACGACCUGUACAGCGUUCGCUGGGGCCCCUUCCAGACCUUCGCCUUCACAGAGACCUGCUUCACGGCCGUCACGGCCUACCAGAAUAGCAAGAUCACGAAACUGAAGAUUGACCAUAACCCCUUUGCCAAAGGAUUCAGAGAAGAGGGAACCCAUGGAAAAAGAUUCCGAUCACAUAAAGGUCAAACCUGUCCAGAGAAUGCAGCCAAGAAGCUGAAAACGGAGGAGAAAGAGCCAGAAUAUCAAAGAUGUGAAGACUUCCCUCGCCUGCCCUAUGACCCCCAGAGAGACGAUGACGAGGUGCCCAUGGGCCUGAAGCAGGGUCCCCCGGGCCCCCAGGACGAGCACAUGUCCCCCUGGGACUCGGAGCAGGAGCCCUGCCACAGCCUGCACGGGGACGCCAUCAUGGACUUCAGCAGCUCCGAGCAGAUGGUGCCAGGACAGGCAACUUACACUUCCUUCAGAUCUCAUGAUUACAGACAGCUGCCAUCUCCUUCGGACUCAGGCCUGGGUCGGCACCACUACGACUCCUCAGUCGACGUGGCCACUGUUCCCGACCGGGAGCUCAGCAGCAGCAGCACACUGGCCCCCAGCAGCAGCAAGGGCAAGCCCGGCCUAGUCCCCCCAGCAGUGUACAGCCACUACCCGGAGCAGCCGUGUGGACAGUGGAGCGGCGGGGGCAUCCCCACCACACAAUACCCCCCAACAACCGCCACCGCCUCUAGCUCCACAGCCCCUACCUACAACCAUCACCCACAUCGCCUGGUGAUGGAACACGGCGUACCUCCUCAUCCUGGUCGUCACCAUGGAAACAUGACGGAAUGGAGCCAGUAUCCGCUGUUUUCGUACUCUUGUUGGUGA